AUGAGUGGAAUAGCUAGCGAAGGAUCGAUAUGGGGUACAUGUCCUCUUGCGCCACGUGAGCCAUCUAGAGUUGUUGUUGAUCCUGAUGGCGACCUCUGUCUCAGGGUCGGAGAGCCUCGGUGCAUUUCCCCUCAAGAACCCAAACAGAACGAACAGGAACCUCAAGCAACCAACGCACCCGACUUCAACGCCGAAGAGCAUGGAGGUGCUCACCAAAAGCCCAAGCACGAGCACGCCGUGGUUGUCGUGUUUGUAGUGUGCUCCAAGACACUAUCGAGAGCAUCCAGAGUCUGGAAAAGUCUUCUGUAUGCGGGUUUCACAGAGUCCAAACAACCAUGUGGCAACAACGGUGCGGCGUGGACAGUAGAUCUGCCAGAAGACAACCCGGAAGCCUUGAAAACGCUGUUGAACAUAAUACAUAGCCGCUUCGAGCAGCUGCCUAAGAUAACCGAUCUCAUUAGUCUCGAAGAUCUCUAUCAGCUCACCAUCCUGACCGACAAGUACGAUCUCACUAUAGUAUUACGGCCCUGGGCUAGUACAUGGUUGGAGUCCAUUAAUGAUAGUCAUGAUGCUUGGAGAAGCAACCAAUCGACACGCGACUUCUCGGACUUGGAGCGACGAUUAUGGAUUGCCUGGGAAUUGGGAGAUCCACAGCUGUUUGAAGGUGUAGCAAAAUACAUGGUUCUAUACACUUGUGCAGAUGCGAGCUGGAACCUCCAAAACAACACGAGAGACAAGGCAGCUGAACUGUUUUCCAGUAUUCUUGAGCCUCCCAGCCUUCAUGACAUCGUCAAAGAAGCUCGCUUGGGAUUACUUGAGCAAAUCUUAAAGCCAUAUAGGGAUGCCAUAGAAUGCCUGCUCCAGCACCCUGAGACCCCCGGCUUUCAACACAUUUGCGUGAAGAAACCCGUCAGCCACCAACUCGAUUGUGAGGUCACAAUGCUCGGAGUUGCCAUCAGGUCGCUCUCUUGGAAAGGUUACUGGCCUAUUCCGGCAGCAAGUCGCAUCUCAGAAAGCGUGACGGUGUUUGCCUCUGAAUUCAAGGAGCUUGAUCUUCGAAGCCGCAUGAAGGAGCACCGCCGGUGCAGCGCCGUACCGGGAAUAGCUGAACAUAUCGAUAUGCUCCUCGAGACUAAGCAUAUCCAGCUGGCUGAAUCUCACAGACACCACAUAGAAAGCCAGGCAAAGAAAUCCGGUCUUGCCUCUUGA